AUGCGCGGAAUCUUCGACCAGUUGAUACACUGUAAUGAUCGCGUAAGGUUAAAGAAAGUUAAAAACGAUGGAAAACGUACGCACGUAUUCGUAGCCAUUUCGCAACUUCCAAAGAAACGUGUACGAAUCGAGCGGCGGACUUCAGACGAGGGAAACAUAAGAGGAGCUCUGCGUGGGUACAGCACCGCAUCGAUUAUGUAUCCGAGCAGCUCCUGUCGACGGUUACGUUUCCCUCUUCAGAAGGCUUUACGUUUUCCAAAAUUAUCACUCGACCCGAGCGACGGCGGGGGAACGUGGAAAAUGAAUAUGGGUACGACUAAACUGGAUAUACGUUAA